AAGAGACCCGAAUAAUUUUAUCAAACAGCAAGAGCGGGAUCAACUCAAGAAAGAAUUAUGCGAAGAGAAUUUGAUUGCCCUAAGACAACUUGAUGAUUAUAAAUAUACUUAUCUUAUGCAACAAAAGAACACUAAGAUCAUGACAACAUAUUCAACUAAAAUAGUGCACGCACACUUCUGUCAUUUAAACUUGUAUCAACAAGGAAAUGUCACUUCCAGUCGAAGGGACAAGGCGAUGUCUCAACAAGGUGAAUAUGUUGUCUGUGGAGGACGCACAAAAAUCCGGCAUAUGUCACAGCAUAUCCAUGGGCAAGGGAAGACCUUGCUUGAAUUCUUGGCAUUACGAUGCACCAACGCUGAUACACGCUCUUCCACACAGCAGAUAGUUAAAAAAAGUUGUUCCGUUAUUUUAAUUAAGUAA